CCCAGAAAAGAAAUAAGAAGCCUUGCCUCUGGUUUCUUCAGCCACAUUACUCCAGGACCUGGGGGGAAAACGAGAGAGAGAAAACUUCAGUCAGCAAAGAAGGGAGGAGGAUUACAUUAUGACAAUGUCUGAUCUGGAAAAGGCUAUGAUAACAAUUAUUGAAACUUUCCACAACUAUUCCGGGAGAGAGGGGGAUAAAUUCAAGCUAAAGAAAUCUGAAUUAAAGGAACUCAUUAACAAUGAACUCAGCCAAUUUCUAGGGGAAAUUAAAGAACAGGAGACAGUGGACAAAGUCAUGGACACACUGGAUGCUGAUGGGGAUGCUCAGUGUGACUUCCAGGAAUUUGUGGUCUUCAUUUCAAUGAUCACCGCGGCAUGCCAUGAGUUCUUCAUACUCGAGUGAAACACCAGACAAGCAAGAAGCUUAGCUUAUGCAGCAGAGAGAAAGAAAAGGAACCAAUGAAAUGUGAAAUGAGAGGAAAAAGAAAAUGAUUGCUUAGCAGCUAGAAAGAGUAAACUUUACCAACCUCUGGAGAGCUUAUCUUGCUUUGAGAGUAGAAACAUGAAAAUGUCUUCCUAAGGGCUGUUUGCAAGGGCCUCCCCGGCUCCUAAUGCAAUAUUUCUCUGCCUUAACUAAAAAUAUUCUUUACUGUCUUCCUGCUGUUUGAUUAGGUAUGUGUGCAAAUAGUUAUUCAGAAAUUGUGCCAUUAUGUUUGUAAAGAAAAUAGAAGGAAUCUGUUACAAGAUAUUACUACAAGAAGUAGGGUAGAUCCACGUAAUAACCCAGACAAAAGUAUUAGUGACAACCACAAAAUUCCUUUGAUUGUUUUCAUUUUCAGUUCUUAGUUCUUUAAUUUCCAUUUACUAUACGGUACAUAGUAAUCUGGAAGUUUUUUGGUGUUUUUUUUUUUAACCUUUGUCUUACUGUGAUUGUGAGCCAAAAUGGGAUUUGGAGCAAGAAAAGAACACAAAUGUAUUAUCUCAGCAGCUGAAAAGAGUAAGGGAACAUGAAUAAAUUUAGAUUCGUUUGCCCUUGAUAAAGCUAGUGCUAAGUGAGUAGUAAUGCAAGCUUCAACCCCUGAAAUAAUGAAACAAGAAGCAGAUCCAGAUUUAGCACACAGAAAAUGGACCUUGUGAAUCAAAAUCAGAACCAAAAAUUAUUAACUCUUGCUAAUCAGAAUCAAGGUUGGAAUAAUCCACUUUCUUCCAAACUGGAUCCAUACUACUAACUCUUGAUGACCAAGUCAGGUAGGGGAACUCCAGCUGUCACCUUAGGGUUUUUUUCAAAACCAAAUCGGCUUCUUCUGAGUGAUUCUGUUACAGAUGCCCCACAUUCUUAUCUGACUGGCUACCAAAAUAUAUUCAGGUUUUCAGAGUUUUCUAAUUGCCAGGUUAAGACUUUUACACUUGCUUCCCAUUAGAUAAACUUGGGCUUCUUAGAUUAAAAGGCCUGGAAAUGAUCACAUUGUUUCCCUGAAUUUAUUUUACAUCAAGAAUACUGGGGGAAAAAGUAAAUGUAGCUUAUGAAAAAUAAGCCAAUACUUAUGUAUCUAUCAAGUUUUCACUAUACUACAUAAUAUAAUCAAUGACCAUUCUGCCUUCAUUAAUUGGGAUUUACAAAAGCAUGUCCAGAAUUUGAUGUGUUUCAUUUGUAUUUUAGAAACUACAAAUCAAAUUAUAGAUUUUCCAUCAAGUAUGUAGAAGAGGCUUGUUAAUUCAUGAAUGUAUUUACUGCCUUGGGCUCCGAUGAAAUAAAAGCAGUGGUUUUACUAAUCUUC